AUGACAUCUACCGACCUGCCGCCCGGCUCUCCGGGCCCUGCGUCACAAGGCCCCCCUCCACCGGUCACCAUUUUCCCCAUUCUGCGCGUCGUUCCCCUCCCAACCUCUUACACGACUGGCCUGACCCCCGUCCUCAUCUCCCCUGACCUCGAGAUCAUCUUCCACCAAUCUGGGCGAAAGGUCUCACUCCCUUCGGAUCUGGCUCGUUCGAUAAAGCGGACCACGAAUCGGCUUCAGCAGACUCAGCACCAGUAUCUCUCACCCACCCGAGGGGCCGAGUUCUUCCUUUCAUCCGCUUCCCCAAUAUUGACCGAGGUUCGCCUUGUGCUGGACAUCACAGCUGGAGAGAAAGUGGCGAGCAUCGCGAAAUGUGCCCAUGCGGAAGCCGAGGACCGACCACUUCUAGAGGCGUACUCGCUCUCUAUACCCCUCAAGGGGCCAGCGAUCAUCAAAGCGAAGUCGGCUCUCGGUCUCCUCAGGGGUCUCACGACCUUGGAGCAGCUCGUCUACCGCUCUCCACCUUCGGAUGUCGGUGGCUCCGGAAGCCCACCUUCGGAGAUCAUGGCGGCGUGCGGGAGCCUAUACGCGCCGUUCGCACCAUAUAAUAUCUCGGAUCGACCUGCAUUCGGCUGGCGGGGCCUGCUGCUGGAUACGUCCAGGAACUGGAUCGGAUUAGAGGCUAUACGAAAGCUUUUAGAUACCAUGUCCUUCGUCAAGCUGAAUGUCUUUCAUUGGCAUAUCACAGACUCCAACUCGUGGCCUCUGGAUCUGGAGGACCGACCCGAGCUGGCCGCAGCCGGAGCAUACUCUCCAUCUCAGAAGUUCACCGAGAGUGAUAUCAAGGGUCUCACCGACUACGCCGGCGAGCGCGGAAUUGACGUCCUCCUCGAAGUCGAUCUUCCAGGCCACACCGCAUCUCUCGCUGCGUCGCAUCCCGAGCACAUCGCCAGCGCCAACAUCCUACCCGCCGACCCCUAUUCGAAUCAGCCACCGGCCGGGCAACUACGCUUCGCCACUGAUGCCACUACUCAGUGGACUAAAGGGCUUGUCGAGGAUGUGGUGAGACUGAUGGAGGUUGCGCCCUACGUGGGGACAGGCGGAGAUGAAGUCAACGAAAAGUGCAUGUUCGCGGACCCGGUCACGCGCGCUUCUCUAAAGGAGAAAGGAUGGACACUCGAUCAAGCCCUCGACGCGUUCACUGGCGAGAUCCACGAACCCAUUCACGCCGCUAGGAAGACGCCGGUGGUCUGGCAAGAUAUGGUGCUAUCUCAUGGUGCUAUGCGGUCGAUCUCCCCCGAUACGAUCGUGCACAUCUGGCAAGCUUCCGGAGAUGCCAAGAAGGUCCUUGACAAGGGCUUCAGAAUCGUUCACGCCCCCGGAGACUACUUCUACUUGGAUGCCGGCCAAGGCGGAUGGAUGGCCACACCACACGGCUCGGGCCAUGGCGACUACCGCACCUGGGCAAGAGUGAUGUCAUUCGAUCCAUAUGCCCAUGCCGGUCCGCACAAGGAAGCUCGCGAUCGAGUCUUGGGUGGUCAGGCCUGUCUGUGGACCGAACAGACGGACGAGAACAGCCUGGAGUGCGUGGUAUGGCCACGCACGGCCGCAGUGGCCGACCUUUUCUGGACGGGCGACAAAGCCGGCGGAGGGUAUCCGAGAAACACAGUCGAAGCUUUGCCUAGAAUGCAUGAUGUUCGGUACAGGAUGGUCGACAGGGGUGUACGUGCUAUCCCUUUACAGCCUCAUUGGUGUGCUCUCCGUCCAGAACAGAGCAUCGAGGGAGCUUGA